AAAUCAUUGAUAUUCCAUCAAAUUCAUUUUUAGAAUCGUUAAGAGUCAAACGCACGUUUCUUGAACUGAGUAAUUGCAUCGAAAUAUCGGUAUUGUCUACAUGUCAUAGUUGGCCAUUAUAUCAGGAAAUCGAAUUUUGU